CUGAGUAUGGCUGACAUCACAUCCUCUCUGGUGGGCACAACUCAGGUGUGAGAAUCACUUAUUACUGUAUAUCAGCACUGAGCUGGGACUACAGCAGAACAAUGGUGUGUCACAUUAUGGCAACGCUCAUCUCUCUUCUAAUUCUCCUCUGCCUCUUCUCAUGUUCUCACCAGCUGAAGCUCAAAGGCCCAGAGGUGACGUCCGUCUUUUCAGGACCGGUGAGGUUGGAAUGCGAGCCUGAUAGAGGAGAUCUCAUGGACUUUGGAGUGUUCUGGUUCCGUCAAAGGAAAGACGCCAAGAAUCCAGAGUCAAUUGUGUUUCUUAGUAACACGAGGAAGGCAAUAUACAGUGCUGAUCAGGGAAGAAAUGGUUUCUUGGCCGACAAGACAGGAUCUACAUACACCCUAACCAUUACUUCAUUUGGCCAGACAUUCCAAGCAACUUAUUACUGUAUGAUAAAUAAAAACUCAGUGCUUUACAUCAGCCCGGGUCUCCCACUCCUCUAUCCUGAAGUGACAACUCGCAAACCAACUACAACAAAAGAGCCUGCACCAGAAAUCAGCACAAAAGGCAAAGGAGACGGAUGUAACUGCUUCUCAGGAAAACAAGACUUAUCACAGAAAGAGGGAGAAUUCUUUGGUUUCACCUGUGAUCCGUAUGUCUGGAGUCCUCUGACAGGACUAUGUAGCCUUCUUCUGAUCUGCCUGCUGGUCACUUCUAUAAUGCUCUGCUGCCGAACAAGAAGACGACGAUGUAGAUGUAAGCACAGGCCCUUGGAAGAGAACAAUGGUAAACUAAACGCCAAAUGAUGAAGCACCAAGAUCUCUUCUGCAAGCAUUAAGUGACAGAUUAGGGCUAGCAAAGAGACAUAUUGAAUAACUAUACAGUUUGUAAGUGGUUUUCUUGUUGCCUCAUUGAAAUGUAUUUAAUGGAGUCCAAGUUGGUAUAAAAAAUUUAUAAUAUGCUUUAUAAAAGUAAAACUACUUUUUAGCUUUUUUGUUUGAUAUUCUGUUUGUGGGUAGCGUUGCUCUGUUUAAAAAACAAACCUACAUUAAUGAUGAAAUACGUCAGAUCUUGCUGGCGCAGUCUUCCCGCACUGCUUCCUGUUAUAUAACCCCAUUAAUAUGGGAAGGGAUCCGGUCAGCAUCACAGCGUUCGGGAUGCCGGCAGUCGGAAUACCGAUGCCAGAUUCCCGACAUUGGUCACAAGACUGACACGGGGAUCCUGGCAUCGACCACAAUGCUGAUGCCCGGAAUUCAAGCCAAUUAGAUCAUGCCGAACAUAAGUAUGCCAGGGAGGGUUAGGCUGCAGGGGGUUGGGGUGGAGGUUAGGUUUAGC